AUGAAGAUCGCUGGCUUCCUAUGUGUCGCAUUGGCCGGAAUUACUACGGUCGUAGACCAUGUAACGGCCAAGGAAGCUGGUUAUUUUGAUGCGCCGUUAAAUGGGUGCCCGAGGUACAGAAAGGUCAAUCACGACAAUAUCAUACCGCUUCGCCAGCUUGACCCCGUUACGCCUGAUGAAAAGGCUGCCAUCAAAUUUAAACCGAGACUCACAAUUGGUGAAGAUACAUGCCACAUGUACCCUGCAGUAAGCGCUGAAGGUUAUGUUACCGGUGGGCUUAAGCCUACCGGAGACCUAACCGGUAACUGCAAGGGAAAUCAGGAUGGGUCUCAAGUUUACGGGCGUGCAGCUUGGCACGAGGGCCGGUAUGUUCUCAUGUACGCAUACUACACCCCGAAGGUGCAAAUAACGGAUGGGUAUGGUAAGCGUCACGACUGGCUUUGUGCUUCCGUGUGGAUUAACAAUGCUGCCGUCGAAAACGCCAAGAUCUUGGCUUUGUCGGUGUCGACUCCUCACGGAUUUGAGAAAUACCAUUCCAUAAAUGACACCAUAGUGGAUGGCACGAAUGUAAAACUCAAAUAUUACUAUCGACGUAAUAGAAAUAACGAUCUUCUCUCCAGCUAUGAAUUCGAACCUACUGCUGAAAAGGGUGGCUUUCAGGAUCUGAUCAUGUGGGAUCAGCUUUCGGAAAAUGCGCGUUGUGCUUUAAAUCUAACGGACUGGGGUAAGGGGGAAAAGAAGUCUGUUAAUGCUAAAAGCUAG